AUGGCUGAAGUAAUUUCAGAGCACAAACCAAACGAAGGGCCGGAUGAGUUGAACUCACUGCCAUCCAAAUCGGCGACCCUCCAAUUCUUCGACGCCUCAGACCCGAAAUGGGCAACCGAGAAGCCGUUUUAUUCCAACAUACCUUUCACCCAGACCAAGAUUGCCAACACAAAUGUCAUCAACACAAGUGCACGGGUUCAGAUAUCUGAUAUUAGAGGCCAUGAAUCUGACUUUACACUCGACAAAAAUGGCUUUCAGUUAGUUGAAUGGAAGAACCAAUUCUCUGAUGUCGGGCCCUCGUUUCAAGAAGAAGGAUAUCCUGCUGUGGUCAAGUUUAUGAAGGAUGUUCUGGGGAGUCAUGUCAAGGUUUGCGUGUUUGAUCAUAUUGUCCGUCAGAGUCAACCGCGAGGCUCUGCACCUGAAGAUGAGAAAGCGUACAUCGGCAGACCCAGCAAGGUCGCUCACAAUGACCAAACAUAUGAAGGAACAAUCGCCAAGAUCAAACACGACUUUGGCUCCCAAGCCCCCUCGAUUCUCUCUCAGCGCUUCCGAAUAAUAAAUGUCUGGAAACCCCUCAAGCCUGUCCGCCAAUACCCCCUCACACUCUGUGAUUACCGUACAUGUGAUGAAAAAGACGGGCAUCGCAGUGAUUUGGUCUACCCCCACGUUGUGAGUGAGAAUAUCCUUUUCUCUUACUCAGCAGAUCAGAAGUGGUACUACGUUAGUGACCAAUCUGAUGAGGAGGUUUGGCUGAUCAAGACGAUGGAUUCUUUGGCGAGAAGCGAGGAUGUUGCCAUGUAUACGCCACAUACUUCGUUCUUUGAUGAGGACCCUGCUGUUGCGGAAGAGAUACACGCAGAAAUGGAGAGAACUCGUUCACACUCUCGCGGUCGUCCCACCGACGCAGACAAGAAACGGUACGAAGAAGAGUCCAUGACCCGCGAAAGCUCUGUCGGCGAAUGCGACCUCAUCUGCCCCCAGCCCACCAAGGCCCAACCUUGGAAGCAGGCUCUCCAAGUUGAGAAAGACUCUGGAACGAACCCCCUUCUUAACUGGGAACCUAACGCUAUGGACUUUGGGGAGAAGCCUUGGCUCAAGAUUGACUGGUCCAAGAUUGAAGGGACUGGACCUGGAGGAGUUCGUAGCAAGUCUCCUGAUCAGAUGUGUGGCUAUUCAGUUGGAAACCUCAAGCUUGUUUGA